AUGGAUACUUUUGAUUAUGGUGCUCUUUGCGUUCUCGAGCGUGAUGCUCACUCGUUAGGAAACACUAAGUUGACUGUCUCUGACUUUGCCGAUCUCUGUCACAAGUACUAUAACUGGGGCUGGAUGAGAGGUUAUGGUGGAGCGAUAGCCUGCUUGCAAGACAACGUUUUGUUCCUCACUCCUGAGCACGUCCAAAAAGAUAGAAUGGAAGCUGAACAUAUCUUCAUUUUUGAUCUUGGGAGUAGAACCAUUCAACAAGCCCCUAUUAACCUUCAACCAACUCUCUGCAGUACAGUGUUUAGUGCAAUCCUGCAGGAAACAGGAUGCUCAACCAUUAUUCACACGCAUAGCGCCGCUGCUCGUAUAGUUUGUAAAAUUACUGAUUUGCCAUUUUUUGAAAUUUCUCACAGACAUUAUUUAAAGAAAGUUCCUUUCCCUUGUGAUCCAAACAUGCUAUCAACAGGAGAUACUUUAGCAA